CGGGCAACUAGUGCAUGUAAGGUCUCAAGCUGAGUGCAUUAGUUUGUUUGUGUGUGUGAGUGUGAGUGUGUGUGUGUAUGUGUGAGAGAGAGAGUCUGUGUGAGCGUGUGUGUGAGAGAGAAAGAGUGUGUGUGAGAGAGAGAAGGAGAGGAAGAGAAAGAGAGAGAGAGAGGGAAAUCAAGCGAUGGCGGCCAAUCGAGUGAUCGCCCAAGGCUACACGGUGGUGGACGAGCGACGACACGAGGUCGAUUACCGACUCAGUGUGUGGGGGGACUACUUCAUCAAAAACCCUACGCUACCCCAUACUCAUCAGAACUCCAAACAAUGGAUGAUUGAAAGGCGUGACAAGCUAAUACUCGAAGCAAGGGACAAGUUACUCGGCUUAUCGGAUCCAUUGGCCGAACUGAAGAUGAUCGACGCGCUUCAGCUUCUCGGGGUUUCAUAUCAUUUCAAAGUAGAUAUAGAUUCGAAACUGCAGAAACUUUCCACACACAAGUUUGACAAUGAGAAUCUCCUCGGCAUAUCCCUUCAGUUCAGGUUGCUGAGGCAAGAACGUCAUCAUAUAUCUCAUGAUGUUUUCCAGAGCUUUUUGGACAACCAAGGAAACUUUAAGGCCACUUUACAAAGUGAUGUACGAUCUUUGCUUGCCCUCUAUGAGGCAUCUCAUCUUGGCACACCAAAUGAGCAAUUUCUAAAACAUGCCCAGAGGAAAACAUCCGGUCUCCUAAAAUCGAUGGUUGGCCACCUUGAAAAACCACUCGCAGAUAAAGUGAAACAUGCACUUGAAACACCAUCCUUUCGGAGGAUGAAGAUAUUGGAGUCCAGGCUAUAUAUCCCUCUAUACCAGGAGGAUAAGGAGGAAUGCAACGUAAUGCUACUUGAACUUGCAAAACUUAACUUUUAUUUGCUCCAAUGCCUUUACCGUGAAGAAGUAAAGGAAAUAUGCGAGUGGUAUCAUGGAUUGGAAUCACCAAGAAAAUUAUUCUAUGCAAGACAUAGACCAGUAGAAGCGUACUUUUGGGCACUUGGAUUGUACUAUGAACCACAAUAUGCCAAGGCCAGAAAGUUGCUAGCAAAGUUUAUAGCAACAAUUACACCAUACGAUGACACUUUUGAUAACUAUGGUGUAUUGGAAGAGCUGCAACCUUUCGCAGACAUCAUGCAAAGGUGGAACCUAAAUGACAUUGAACAACUCGGAGAAGACUACAAAGACUAUGCACAAUUUAUGUUUGGUACCAUGAUUGAGAUAGAGAAUGCACUUCCGAAGGACAUAGCAACCAUAAAUGUCAAAUUUAUCAAAAAAAUUAUUAAUGAGGUAUGCAAAGGUUAUGUCACUGAAAUUGUUUGGAGAGAUAACAAAUACAUACCACCUGUAGAGGAACAUUUGAAGGUCACGCUCAUUACGUGCUUUUAUUGGGCUAUUAAUUGCACCGCGCUUGUUGUAUUUGAAGAAAAUGUUACAAAGGAGGUUCUAGAAUGGAUGUCUACAUUUCCUCCAAUUGUCAAGGAUUCUUGUAUUGUAUCCCGACUAAUGGAUGACAUUGUUGCGCAUGAGUUUGAAACAGAAAGAAACAAUGUUGCCACUGCUGUAACUUGGCACAUGAAAGAGUACGGAACAACAAAAGAGGAGGCAAGUGAAGUGCUUUGGGACGUUGUGGAAAAUGCAUGGAAGGACAUGAACAAGGAAUAUCUCAACAGGACAGAUAUACCAGCUUCACUGCUAGUCCGUGUAAUAAAUCUUGCGCGAAUGAUGGAAACAAUGUAUAAGGAAAUUGAUGGGUACACAGACUCAGCAAUACUUAAGAAUCGGAUAUCUCUGUUGCUUGAGAAGCCAAUCAGCUUUUAGGGUACAAUCCCACAGAAGAUUGAAAUUUCCACCAUCAGAAUAAAAAAAAUUGGUAUUGUUGGUACAAGCUAGACAUGAAUGUGGAAAUAAUUGUCUUGUCUCUUAAUUACUCUGGUAUGUUUUUUGGCUUCUUUUCAAGAUGUCUGUUGUGUAAUACUCCACUAGAGCUUGUACCAACAUCAAACCAUCAAUAUUUGUACCUUUAUG